AUGGAUAAACUCUGUUGGUACCUCUACUUUCUACUCACACUGACCUGCUCUCGAAAAGGUUUUACUGAUACAAGCAGAUUAAGUGGUCGCUCAGACGUCAAUCACGGUCCAUCCAACAGAGCUAUAGACUGGAUUGCACAAUUCCGUUUGAAUAUCAGUUCUGUCAUUCAAAUUCAAGAGAAUGAGCAGGAAGUUCUGGAAUUUUUGAAUGCCCCUAUCAAUCCAGAGGCUGGCGAAGGGGAAGGGAUCGAAGCUUCCGAUACUCCUGUUACAGGUCCUCCACGAUCUCGCGAGCGUCCAUCAAUCAUUUUAACGAUGACUCCCGAGGAACAAGCUGCUAUCAACCGCCUCAAAGCCCUGGGGUUCCCCGAAGAGUUAGUAGUUCAGGCAUAUUAUGCGUGCGAAAAGAAUGAGGAGGCUGCUGCUAACUUCCUUCUCAGUGAGACGCUCGACGACGAGAUGGCAUGAUUGUCCGUCAGUUUCCCCUGCGUUACACUUGGCUCACUUGUGCAUCAAAUUGUGUUUGACCCUCUCACGCGCAUGUACUUAAAUUGCCCCCUUUUAUUUUUCAAUUGUCCUUCCACAGUAGCCAUGUUAAACCGCGCUCCUGAAUCCACUUCCUUCAUACUUUCUUCCUUUUGCGCAUAUGCUCUUCCAUGUAGCACUUACGUUUGCUCGCUACAUCGGCUGGUUUUCCAUUGUUGUUCACAGUGCCAUAGGAAGUUGAUUUCGGCUCCCUAUUGACUGUAUAUGCUCAUUCUCGCUUCCUUACUUUCCAACAGUUUUUUUCCUUCUACUCUUGUAAGCCUGUUGCACAACCACAUUACACAUGUGAUUAUCUUCAGCCGGCUGUUGACGACACGUUCACAGUUAAGAAAAGCAUCUCGCUCCAUUUGGCGAAAUUUACCAGGUUUAUAAUCCAGAACUCAUCUCAAUACAUGUUUUUGUUAUGGA